AUUGCACUCCGUAUGAAGCCGGUUUUGUACAAAAUCGCCUGUAUAAACCCGGCUUUAUACAAUUUCGGGCUUGUAUGGGCUACAACGGCCGUACUUGUAUUUUACGAACAUUGUGUGAAGCGUCCCAAAGAUUUUCCCCAAAAGAAGAUAAUCUUCUAAACUUCAUUUUAAAGCUAAUUUUCAAAUACCCCAAAGAGCGGAUUCUCCCCUCCGAACCGGAAGAACACCGCAUUUACCACUUGGCGGGACAAAUGGGAAGGGAAAGUCACGACUGCACCGAAAUAUUUAAUUGUCCCUUUUCAUUAAUUGACGUCGCUCUUGGUCGCUACUCAGAUUAUUUAUUGAAUUAAAUUUUUUUUAUACA